GACGGGACGGGACAGGGAGGGGAAGGAGAGGCCGGAGGAGGCGAGAAAGGAGAAGCAAGAAUAAAUGAGAAAACUGGAAAGGAGGGAGACGCGGGGCUGGCUUGUGAGGGAAAUGGAAUCAGAGAUGUGAUCGAGGGGGAAAAGAUGCAAGCGAGAACGUGGAGAGGAGGACGAAGUGAGAAUGGAGAACUGACAGGCCUCAUCUGUGCCUCAGCUCUCGGCCCAAGCGUUGUGGAUUCCUGGUUACACGUUGUCAGUCCCACGCCGAGCGCGCUCGCAGCCAAGCUGCCGGGGAAAAGUGUUCCGUGAAGCCUUAGCGCCUUUCCGCCUAGCCUUUUCCUCCCUGACCCGGGUCGCGACUCCGAUUCCGGCGCAGGCUGGUAGGGCGCGCACUAGGAGCCCCGCAGUGCCCGGGAGCGCAGGGGGCGAGGCGCGAGGCCGGCUCCCGCGCCCGCACAUGGCUGCAGCCCCUGCGCGCACCCCGAGGCGCCGCGCCCAGCUCCGCAAAGGUCCGUCGGCUGCGCCCAGGAGCCCCGCAGCCAGGCAGCGGCUAAGCGGCGACGCGCCCACGUCCGGGGAUCGGGAUGUCCUUCCUCCUCCUCUUCUGGCUAGUUUCCUACUGUGUUGGAACCCUAGGAACUCACACUGAAAUCAAGAGAGUGGCAGAGGAAAAGGUCACUUUGCCCUGUCACCAUCAACUGGGGCUUUCUGAAACAGACACCCUGGAUAUCGAAUGGCUGCUCACCAAUAAUGAAGGGGGACAAAAAGAGGUGAUCACUUACUCCAGUCGUCGUGUCUACAGUAACUUCUCUGAGGAACAGAAGGGCCGAGUGGCCUUUGCUUCCAAUUUCCUGGCUGGAGAUGCCUCCCUGCAGAUUGAGCCUCUGAAGCCCAGUGACGAGGGCCGGUACACAUGCAAGGUGAAGAACUCAGGGCGCUACAUGUGGAGUUAUGUCAUCUUAAAAGUCUUAGUGAGACCAUCCAAGCCCAAGUGUGAGCUGGAAGGAGAGCUGACAGAAGGAAGUGACCUGACUCUGCAAUGUGAAUCAUCCUCUGGCACAAAGCCCAUUGUGUAUUACUGGCAGCGAAUCCGAGAGAAAGAGGGAGAGGAUGAACAUUUGCCUCCCAAAGCUACAGUUGACUUCAAUAAUCCUGGUCGAGUUCUGCUGCAGAAUCUCACCAUGUCCUUUUCUGGGCUCUACCAAUGCACAGCAGGCAAUGAGGCUGGAAAAGAAAGUUGUGUGGUACGAGUGACAGUGCAGUAUGUACAGAGCAUCGGCAUGGUUGCAGGAGCAGUGACAGGCAUAGUGGCUGGAGCCCUGCUGAUAUUCCUCUUGGUGUGGCUGGUAAUCCGAAGGAAAGACAAAAAAAGAUACGAGGAAGAAGAGAGACCCAAUGAAAUUCGAGAAGAUGCUGAAGCCCCAAAGGCCCGCCUUGUGAAACCUAGCACCUCUUCCUCAGGCUCUCGGAGCUCACGCUCUGGUUCUUCCUCCACUCGCUCCACAGCAAAUAGUGCCUCUCGCAGCCAGCGGACAAUGUCAACUGAAGCAGCAACCCAGCCAGGGCUGGCCACCCAGGCUUUCAGCCUAGUGGGGCCAGAGGUGAGAUGUUCUGAACCAAAGAAAGUCCACCACACUAUCCUGACCAAAGCUGAAACCACCCCCAGCACAAUCCCCAGCCAGAGCAGAGCCUUCCAAACUGUCUGAAUUAGAGUAGACUUGACUCCCAAGCUUUCCUAGGAGUCAGGAUCUUAGGACUCUUGUAGCCAUUGGAACUCUGUCACCAGCCACAAAACUCCCUCCGAGAAGAUAAAAGGUCAUUUAAGUAGCAGUGAACAUCACAUGAAACAGAUUCAGAUGAGCACUUUCCUUAUAUGACACUAAACAAGCAAAAGGAUGUAAGCUGAUCAUGUCCAAAAAGGCAUCUCUAAACUGGAGUGGGGGAAGCAAGAGUUCAAAUCUAUUUGAAUAGGAGGUGAGAAGACUGGGAAGGAGGGAGGUGAAUACACCUAAAACUUCUCACCUAGGACGUUUUGUAUCAGUGCUUCAAUUCACCAUGAUCAAGAAGAAAUGGGUGUUGUUCCUAAAUUUUCUAUGUAUUUCUGCAGACUACUGAAUUAUUGUGAUUAUUCAGAUAGUCAAACAGAAUCCACAGCCUUAUAUUACGCCUGUUUGCACCAUAUACUGAGAUAACCACUUCUAAGAAACACCAGGAGGGCUGGAGAUUUAGCUCAGUGGUUCUGACGCCUGCCUCGCAAGCACAAGGUCCUGAGUUCAAUCCCUGGUACCAAAAAAAAAAAAAAAAAAAGAAAGAAAGAAAGAAAGACCAGGAAAGGAAAUGUGUCCUUUUGUCUGACUUGACUUCCUGUCAUAAGGUUUGGAAAUGAAUUUCAAGAGGAGUUGAAAUAGUGGGAGAUGGAGAAAAAUGAUUUGAGUUUCUACUAUUCUAUGACUAUCAAUAUCCCUACUUACAUUGAACCCUAAAAUAAGAACUAAAAAAGGAAUCUAAAAUGUGUGAUAAAGGUCUAUGAAAAGCUUUCCAUCUUGAUGUUCAGAGGAUUGCUAACCAAUACAAGAAAUAUUUACUGGAGCAAUUGUGGAAUUUCCUCUCAAAACAGAUGCCUAUAAGGAUUUCCGAGCUGGAUAUAUCUAGAAGAAGGAAAUAUUCACUAAGUGUCAUUUAACAAUAUCCUUAGAAUGAAAUUCUCUAGGGAAAAUAAGAUCUAGGGGUGUUGAAAGAUUACCUAACAUACCACGACAAUUACUUCUUUUUGAGGACAUGUGAAACCAGAAUUUCAAGACUGACUACACUAGAAAGGAGAUUAUAUCAGUUUUUUCUUAAUAUGUCAAAGAAUAAUAUAAGGAAGUUCAGUAUUCCACCAAACUUGAAGAUUCCUCCAUUUCUUUCAUUUUAGAAGGAUGAGAACUUUGGACUUUUGAUGCUUCUAGGCCUUAAUUACUGAAAAGAUCAGUUUCCCAACAUUUCCUAAUGACAUUGCAAGUAUGUGCCAUAUCACUUCCUCCUGAGAGGCUGAAACAGUGAGAAAUUCAGUAUUUCCCAACUUCAGCUUUUAAGGAAGCUGCGUAGAUUUGGGUUGGAAAGAAAGGGAACUAACAUUUAGGGAAGAGAUGGUAAAAACAACUAGUGGAUAGCAGGACAGGGUACUACUAGAGCCUAACACUUUAGCUGCCAGCAUCCUGGAAAAGAUUUAGCAGGGAAGAUAUUGAAAGAGCUGAUGCAGAAAAGUGUCUAAAAAAAAAAGUGUCUGACAAAAAGGAAGCAUCAGACUCGAGUAUACUAACUUGCCUUUUUAAUAGUUUUGACUACUUGGAUUGCUACAGCACAAAGGCUGAUUCUGAAGUAACCCUUUAAAGAACUUAACGCAAAUGUCAACUGAUCACCAUUGGUACUGCAGAAUAUUUCUUAAUCAAAAGGGCAGAAAGUUACAGGAAGAAAAGUGAAUGCUAAAUGUGGUGAUGAAAGCACUGUUUCUACAAUAAGAAUCAGAUACUUACAGGAAAAGGUUGAUCUGAGAUUUUGCCCAUUUCUCUGGUUUUUCAUUCCUACAUUUAAUUCUCAUAAUAAUGUCCUUACAGAGUAUAAAUGCAUUCUUUUCUAAAGUCCCUCUGUAUCUACCUUAGAGGGGAAGUUUUUAUCCUUGAGGAGAAAAGUUUUCAGUGGUGCUGGGGCUCAAACCCAGGAUCUCAUGCAUGCUAAACUGAAAGUUUUAACUUCCUCUAAAAAAAGGUUUUGUCUUCCUCUAAAAAAGAUAGAAAAUAAAGAGACACUGAGGAAGUAAUAAAAAUAAAUGUCUGCUAUUUGGUUAAGACAACUGGCACAUUUGGAAUGCUUCUUAUAUUCUUAUCUCAUUGUUAAGAUAUAAAACCCUUUACUCUUGAUUAUAUUUUUAUUCUUAUGAAAGUGUGGUAUCUAGGCAACUUAUCUUGUGCUGUGUAAUUCUGAGAAUUCUUAUUCCUAGAGUACCUGAGCCAAAUGAGUACCUAUGGAAGGCUGCAUCUGUGUCAUCACUAGAAUUUUCUAUUGUUAUUCACUACCUUUGAACCUAAGGUUUCUUGUCUAUGCCCUUGAAAGCAGGAAUAAAUCCCUGCUGCAUUAAAAGGUUUAGAUUAAUCAUGUUUGUUAUCAGAAUAUUAAAAUUCCAUUAAAUGCCCAAAUUAUUUUGGCAAUGUAUUCACAAUGGAAAUCUGCAGCAAAUAUACAAAAGACUAUUCUAAGAGCUAAGAAAUCUAAGGAAUGAAAGAUUCUUACAGAUAAGGUGCUAAAGUCUUGCAGUAACACCUGAGUCAGGCAUUUGAGUUCAGAUAAGAUAGGCUCUGGGUUUAAGAUAAAGUCAGAACCACUACUAGUUCCAAACCACAUUCCAGUGACUUUGCAAAUAAAUUGAUUCUUUAAUAUGAAACAAACCAAAAAAGAGUGAAAUAACUAAAUGGCAGAAGAAAAACUGUAGGAAAACAAUGCUGGAAUGAUGUGGAUGUUUAGAGAGUAACUGCUUCAAUAAAACAUAAACCAAACUUAAAAUCUGUAAAAUAGUAAUAAAGUGUAUGUCUUUGUUGUUAUAUUGUAUAAAAAUAAUUUCUGAAUUGCUGUUCCAAAGAUACAUAUCUUUGCUUCAUUUCUGGUUUUAAGCUACUUAUGUUUCAAUUUUAACUUUUAAAUUGCCUUGUAACUGGGACUAAACAUCACAAAAACUAAAUAUUAUAGAUGGGUCUGUAUCAGCAAUUAAAACAUAAAUAAGUGAAGGUGAUAUUGUAGGAGAGGGUGAAGCUCAUAUGACCCACACUGGAAAUUUGUUUAUCAGCUUGCUGCCAAGAGAAGAACUCAAGACUGAAUAUGAUCUAUUAUUUAUUGAUUUUAGUUACAAAAAUACCAGGGACUUUUUUUUCUCAUAAGGGAAGAUGCUAAGUAUAACUAGCACAGGGAACAUUGAGAGAUGAGACCGUUGCUGCACUUAAGAACUUUAUCAAAGUCAACAAAUAAUA